AUGGCUGCCUCGAGCAAAGAUAUCGAAAUGCCCGUCACGGUGCGCAAGCUCUCUAUUGCAGCAGAAGAAGUCCGCGAAGCUCUUGAAGUCGAACACAACCUCACUUUCUUGCAAGCCGUGAAGUUGUAUCCUAAAGCGAUAGGAUGGUCGAUGUAUUUCAGCCUAGGGGUCAUUAUGCUUGCGUUCGACCCUCAACUCCUCGGCAACCUGUACGCCAUGCCUGCAUUCCAGAAGCAGUUUGGAUAUGCGUUCGAGGACGGUUACAUCAUCUCUGCUGCCUGGCAAACCGGUCUGGGCAUGGGCAAUCCAAUCGGCCAAGUCGUAGGCGCACUCGCAGCAGGUUACCCAAUGGAAUGGUACGGACGCAAGAAGACGUUCAACGCAUGCGUAUUUGCUGUCGCAGGGCUAGUGUUCAUUCAAUUCUUUGCUCGCUCGUUGCCAGUCCUUCUCGCUGGCGAAUUGCUUGCAGGUCUAGUACUCGGAGCCUUCGUGGUCAUCGCGCCAGCGUAUGCAUCUGAAGUUAGCCCUUUACCCCUCAGGAGCGUGAGUACGAGUUAUGUCAACCUCUGCUUCGUCACCGGACAGCUUUUGGGGAAUGGAGUUACGGCUGCGACACAGCACAUGACCAGCCACUGGGCGUAUUCAAUUCCUUUCUCACUCCAAUGGUUCUGGUGCCUGAUCAUCAUCCCAGGCAUGUGGUUUGCUCCAGAGUCACCAUUUUGGCUUGUCAGACAGGGUAGGCUUGAGGAUGCCGAAAAAGCGCUUGUUAUGUUGUCGAGCGAGAAGGUCAACGUCAAGGCUGCAUUGGCGCAGAUUGUGGAGACCGAUACCCUAGAAAGAGACAUGGAGGCAGGAAGCACAUACUACGACGUGUUUAAAAAGAUCAAUUGGCGACGAACCGAGAUCGCAAUUGGAGUAUACACAACGCAGGUCCUGUGUGGCGUUUACUUGAUUAACUAUGGGACAUACUUCUUUAGCCUUGCUGGGUUGGACACAGACCAAGCUUACAACAUGGGAAUUGGAUUCAUGGCCAUUGGCUGGAUAAGUGUCUUACUCUCCUGGUAUCUGAUGCAGAAGUUUGGAAGACGGGUACUGUUUGGUGCCGGUCUCUCUGUACUUACUAUCAUCAUGUUCCUAGUCGGUAUUCUAGAUUGUGUACCAACUCCAGGCGCCGUAUGGGCCAAGAGUGCGAUGCUCCUCGUCUGGAACUCGGUCUACAACUGGAGCGUUGGCCCUGUCGCCUUUGCCAUUUUCUGUGAAGUUAGCGCUACACGUGUGCGCUCGAAGACUAUUGCGGUGGCUACUGCAGUGCAAGCUCUAGUCGGCAUUGUUAUGACAGUCGCCAUACCUUAUCUCAUAAACCCAGCUGAAGCGAACUUGGGAGGAAAGCUUGGAUUCUUUUUUGGUGGGCUGUCGUUGCCAUGUUUAGUUUGGUGGUUCCUGCGAGUACCAGAGAUGAAGGGCCGAACCUACGAAGAGUUGGAUAUCAUGUUCGAAAGAAACGUGAAGACGAGGCAGUUCAAGGAGUACAAGAUUUGA